AUGACCGUCGUCCACAUCGUCCUCUUCAAAUUUCUCCCCUCGGUCACACAGGCCCACAAACAAAAAUUCGUCUCCGAACUCAAACUUUUGAAAUCCCUACCCUGUGUGCAGGACAACCGACUCAUCGUCGGCGGGCCCUCGAUCACAGAUCCCAUCGAGCGGAGCAAAGGGUUCGAGAUCGCGCUUUUGAGUUUUCAUAGGGACAGGCAGGGGUUGGAGGAGUAUCAGAAGAGUGAUGAGCAUCAUAGGGUGACGAGCGAGUACUUGUGGCCGUAUAAGGAGGAUGUUACGAGGUUUGAUUUUGAGGUUGAUGAGGAGGAUGAGUAUAUGUGUCAGUUCAUUGCGAAGGGGAUGUUGAACGGGGCAGUGAAAGAAGCCCAGUGA